AUGACUUGUAUUCACACUCACGCAUCUUGUACUGGUGUGACAUGCAGCAUACUGGGUACGCCUUGGGUGAAAUUCUUUGAUUAUGCUCUAUUGAGCGAUGACAUUAUCAUCACGGAUCCGGUAAUUGCAAAGUCCUAUCUUGAAGUUAUAGAAGAGUGUAAAUUCACCAAAUCAAAAGAAAAGUCCUUCAUCUCUACCAUGAGUGCUCUAGAAUUUGCUAAGAAUAGAUCAUUUGCAAUUAAUAAUUCAAGUGAUGACGGGUGCAGUGGUAGGCAAACCCAAUUCAAUUACUUCAAUACUCCUUCGAUUCCCUUGUUUUGUCAGCCAAUCAAAACAGGGUUUUUUCCUUCUUCAUCUUCUUCUGAUAAUUUUAAGGGGUCUGUGUUGUUGGGUUUGAGAUCAGAACACACAAUGGCCAGCCAAUCAUCCCAGCCGCAAUCAGUCCACGAGUUCACUGUCAAGGAUGCUAGAGGGACCGAUGUGGAUCUUAGCAUUUAUAAGGGAAAGGUCCUGCUGAUUGUCAAUGUUGCAUCCCAAUGUGGCCUCACUAAUUCAAAUUACACAGAGCUGACAAAGCUGUACGAGAAGUACAAGGAUCAAGGCCUCGAGAUUCUGGCUUUCCCAUGCAAUCAGUUUGGUGCACAGGAGCCUGGAAGUAAUGAAGAGAUUCAACAGUUUGCUUGCACUCGCUUUAAGGCUGAAUAUCCCAUAUUUGAUAAGGUUGAUGUCAACGGUUCAAAUACUACUCCAAUAUACAAGUUCCUGAAAUCGAGCAAAGGGGGACUUUUCGGAGAUGAUAUAAAGUGGAACUUUUCCAAAUUCCUAGUUAAUAAGGAGGGUCAUGUUGUUGACCGCUAUGCUCCCACGACUUCUCCUCUUAGCAUCGAGAAGGACAUAAAGAAACUACUUGGCAAUGCUUAA